AUGGACCCACUAGAGGAGCAGGCUCAGGAAAUUGAGGUCUUAGAAUCGAUUUAUCCAGAUGAGCUGGAAAAAAUUAGCAAUACUGAAUUCAUUAUUCAUCUAAAACUGGAAACAACGCCAGUCCAAUAUGUGGAUCUGCGAGUUGAGUACCCGCCAGAAUACCCAGAGAUCACGCCAAUUCUGGAAGUAGAGGUUGGAGAGAAAUGGACUGGCGGAGGCCAAGCCGACGAAGAUGAUGAAGAGGAAGAAGAUUAUGACGAUGAAGAAGAUGAAGAAGAAGACGAGUCUGCAGCACAUUUCGAGUACCCACCAGCACUGCUAGAACUGACAAAUAACGACAUGAUCGAUCUCAAACUUAAAGCUGAGACUGUGGCUGAGGAAAACAUGGGCAUGCCCUCAGUAUUCACAGUAGUCAGUCAGUUAAAGGAAGAUGCAGAGGAGGUUGUCCAAGCAAAGAUGCACAAGGUUGAUGAGGAUCGUGACAAGGAACGAUUAGAGCAAGAGGCCGAAGAGCGCAAAAAGUUUGAGGGUACAGAGGUCACCAAAGAGUCAUUUGCCAAAUGGCGCGCAAGCUUUAGAAAGGAAAUGAAUAUUGAUGCACUUCUCAAUAAAUACAUUGUACUGGACAAGAAUGGCCAGCCAAAACUUACUGGUCGCCAAAUGUUUGAGAGAGGUCUCAUAGAUGGCAAUGAGGAAGAUGAUGGUGAAAUGGAAGGUGGUGAGGACCUGGCAGAAAACAUUAAAAAAUUAUCUGUAUAA